ACCUCUCCCCUUUCCCACCAACAACUGAGCACAGAACUCAGAAGAUUCUUCUCCUUUUCUUUUGUGACGAAAUUACCCCUGCGAUAUCCCCAAAACUCAGCCAAUAACUGAAAGGUAGAGCCGAAAAUAUUCCCAAACAGAAUAAUGGCGAGGGGCAGUCUUUGGUAACAAACUCUUGUGUGUAUAACGAACUAUAAAUACAGCUCACGUUCCUCAUUCUUCUUCAUCAAAUUGUAAUCAAGAGAUUUCUAUCUUGUAAUCAGGAGAUCUACUUGGAAUCGAUUCAUAAUGCAUUUUGAUUUUUCUGAAUAGUUUACAUGUAUAUCUUACUCUCUUCUUUGCCAUGUGGAGCUUUACUUCUGGAUCCUUCUCGCACUGGAUAUGGGAAGCGGGAGGGCGGUUCACAAUCCUUUCUUCUGUAGCAAGUUUACUCUGUCUUUACUUUAUAUCACCAUUGAGAGUGAGGACGAGGGUCUUACUCUUGAUGAUUGCUGCCUUUUCCAUCGGUGCUUCUGUAGGCAUUUUUACCAAAUAUUUCUUUGAAAUAGAUCAAGAGCUUGUUUGCCGCCUUUUGGCACCUCCAACACUUGGCAUUGGAAUUAUCUGGUUUGGAUCCACGUUUACGAGGGAAAGGAGUGCAAUCUACAUGGGCAGCCUGUUCUAUUCUUCUCUUCUAUUUUUCUCCACCUUUAAUGCUAGUAAUUCAGAAUACAUUGACAGCCAUACAGUGCAUCGGAUGUUAAAGGUAUGCAUUGUGUUUGCAUUGUUCAUGGGAUACCUUGUGCGCAGUGGCGGAGCCAGGAUUUUCAAUAAAAGGGUUCAAAAUCUAAAAAAAUAGACACAUAAA